GCAAUUUUUGCCUCACGAUGAAGUCCUGGCCAUGAUCGUCUCGUGCAUCUGUCACGAUUUGGAUCAUCGGGGCACCAACAACGCCUUUCAGGCCAAAUCGGGAUCGCCUCUGGCCAUGUUGUAUGGAACCAAGAAUACCAUGGAGCAGCAUCACUUCAAUCAGGCUGUCAUGAUUCUCAACUGUGGGGAUCAAAAUAUUUUAUCGGAUCUGGGGAGUGAGGAGUUCUCACGGUUGCUGUCCGUGAUGAAGCACUGCAUCUUGGCCACAGAUCUCUACAAUUACUUCCAAUGGAGACCGAAGUUCCUUGAGAUGUCGAGUGACGCACGAACUGACUGGAGGAAGGAGGAGAACCGCCGAUUGCUGCAAGCCAUGUUGAUGACCGGCUGCGACCUGGCUGCUUCCACCAAGCCCUGGCCGAUUCAGUACAAGGUCGCUCAACUCGUCACUACCGAAUUCUUCGAUCAGGGAGACAAGGAGAAGAGGGAGCUGAACUUGACACCUUCAGCUCAAAUGGACAGAAAUAGGAUUCACGAAUUGCCUUCCAUGCAAAGCAAGUGGAUCGAGGAGGCCUGUCUUCCCUUGUACGCGGCACUAUCGGUACUGGACCCGGCAUUGGAACCGAUGAGAGCAGGAGCCGAGGAUAACCUGGCGCGAUGGAAAGGGCUUUCAAGGACAGGAGGAUGUAUUCAAUCUGAUCUGUGAUCGCCGGAAAAAAAAGAACUGAACUAUUCUUCCUCUUUCCGUGACGUUGCGACUGUGACAUUGCAGUAUUGUGAG